AUGUCCUUACGACUGCUGAAUCCUCCGAGUGUUGCUCCUAGUGGGCCCUUCUCACAUGGUCUCGUUAUUCCUGCCGGGCACGACAUUAUCGUCACUGCCGGUCAGAUAGGGACAAUUGAUCCCCAAGGGACGAUACCGGACUCUUAUGAAGAGCAGGUUGUUGCCGCCAUCAACAAUCUUAAGGACGUGCUGGCUGAAGCUGGAGCCACUCCAAAAGACAUCGUGAAGUUGACCUAUUACAUCGUCGACUAUGACAUUUCAAUUCGUCCAGUGCACAUCAAUGCAUUGCUGAACUUCUUGGAUGGCCACCAGCCAGGGACGGCCUUGAUAGGUGUGGCAAAGUUGGGCAACCCUAAACUCAAGUUUGAGAUCGAAGCAAUUGCGGCACUGAAGUUUGCGACGGGGCCUCAGGCAGCCGAUCUCGCUUGA